AUCUCGAAAUUAGGUGUGCUAGCGAUUCAGACACGACCGCAGUUGCGAUCCGUUGCGUGGUAUCUCAGCUAAACUGUCCCGUUUUCUGUCGCCUUCCGUUGUGCGUACCGGUCGUGCAAACCCAUCCGAUAGACCGUCCGAUCCGAAUGCAUCCGGCAACGACGCCUGGCACGGCUGCUCCAUUCGACCGCCCCGGAAGAACUUAACCCCACAUACAGUUGCCUUGUACACCCGCGCACAGCUGCUGGUGGUGCGUGGACCGUGUAGGAGCUAGCAAAAUAUAACCGGAAGUAGUGAACGACGGCGUGAAUCGAUUCGCUUCGAGCGACGUUGGAGCACUUCUUUUUCGGCCGCAGAAGGUGAAGGUGCGUGCGUGUGUUAACCGGUCACAUCGGGGAGCACAGCGCAACGUGCGGAUAAGCGCACUGGUCUACACAAGAAGAUGGAAGCAACCGAGCCGGGUUCCGUGUGCAAUCGUUGCCGUCGUGCCAUUUUCAUCGACCUCAGCUAGUUUACCCUCGACUCGGCUCCUGUAAGCGCCUGCAAACUAGAAGGUGAACGAGGCAGUCGAGUGAGCCAGCUUCAGCAACGACAACGACGACGACGACGACGGCGGCGACGUUGCAUGAGGACGAAGACGAAAACGAAAGCAACAGGAGCACCAACAACAACAAGAGCGGCGACGGUGACGACGACCAGGAAGACGGAGUUGCAGGCAAAGAGGAAAAGCAGCAGGACGAAGCGAAAGAGUGAUCAGUGCAGCGUAUGUGUGAGUGUAUGUGUGUGCGCGUACGUGUGAAUGCAGGGUGUAAUGUCAGUGCAUCGGUCUGUCUAGUGGUUCGCUGGUAGUCGAUUGUGUCGUUUUUUUCUUAAUUAUUUUUUUGUGGGUGUAUGAAAGUGCAAGAUUGUGUGUUGUAUGUGCGUCAGUGUGAACGAGUCCAUUGAUUGUCGAAUGCGACAAGCAUUGUGAACGGCCGUACCGACAAUUCCCGUAUCUAGUCGCCGUAGCAGCAUCACCACAAUCUGCGAGCAAUAAGCAUCGAAGUAACCCCCGCGACCGUGAAAACACCAUCCCGGAUAGAUCAUUGACAUCAUCCUGUAGAUAGUGUGUUUACUAGCACCAUAACCACCACCUGGUCGUCAGCAUCCGUUGGGGAGUCUUCAAAGACAUUCAGCGAUUUUGAUCGUCACGGUACUUGUUAAGCGUAAAGAUGGUGAAAGAAAAACCAACUCCACGGCUCUACGACAAAGAUGGAUACCGUCGACGGGCGGCCUGUAUUUGCGUGCGAUCGGAGGCGGAAGCAGAGGUGCUGUUGGUCACAUCCUCUAGACGGCCUGAGCUAUGGAUCGUCCCGGGUGGUGGUGUGGAGCCGGAAGAAGAGGCUUCCGUAACGGCCACACGAGAAGUGCUCGAGGAGGCUGGUGUUACGGGAGAGCUCGGUCGGUGUCUCGGAGUGUUUGAGAACAUAGAGCACAAACAUCGCACCGAGGUGUUCGUAAUGGUCGUCACCAAAGAGCUGGAAGAAUGGGAAGACUCAAAAACGAUCGGCCGGAAGCGACAGUGGUUCUCGAUAGAGGAAGCCCUAUCCCAGCUGGCCCUGCACAAACCGACCCAGCGCCACUACCUGCAGCAGUUGCGCCACUCGAAGCACCGGAAUUCCAGCUCAUCCGAGCCACCGCCUAUCAUCUCCGAGGACGGCGACGAUGACUUUACGAGCGAACUAGAAACGAACAACUCCACUAAGGCGGAUGCCGUCACCUCGACAACACCCACUACGCCGACCGCGAACGACGACAUGGUAACUAGUGUGACCGAUGGUGAACCCACAACCACCACCUCCUCUCCUCCGACUACCCCAACCACUUAAGGUCCACCGAGUAGGAUCCUCCAUUCUCCAUCCACGCUUUGAUUCGACAGCUUACUUGGCGUACGGGAAGUAUAUGUAUCGUUAUAUUUGUUUAUCUUCUUUCCUUCUCUGCACCAAAUUAUAUAUUUUAACCUCGAAUAAUAUCUUGAGACGAAUUCAUCCAUUAGGAGCACGCGCAUCUUAUUUUUGUAGGCUAACAGUAGAUCCUAGACAUCUCCAAACGUACGAGAAGAUAGCAACGAUAGCCGUUAGUACAAGAUCCCAACCCCAAUUGACUUCGUACGUUUCUUAUCAUUUUCCACACAAAGUAUACGCACUUUCCCCAACUCCCCCAAUCACAACCUCCUCCUCCAACUGUAGUAUGAGAAAGAGAAAACAAAGUCUAAUUCUUUAGCUAUAUUACUGAAAGUCGAACACUUGAACAACAUUGAAAAGUAAACGUUUGAUAAAAAAAAGUCAUACCAAAUUAUACAGCUGUGCAUUGUUGCUUCGCUUUCCGAUCCUGGAUCCGAUAUCCAGUUCCGUUAGAGAACCGAAAUGAUUCGACGGAGGGAAGGAAUCUAUGACCGAGGACGAGUUUCUUUAGCAAGGAGAUGAAAUAAAAUAGCGCCCCGAAAUUAUUGGACAGGAAAAUGAUAUACCCCCAUCCCAAAGGAUGUUGUUUAGUUUAGUUUCAGUUUUGUUUCCCGUUUAGCACAGCACGAAUUAACCCGGUCGAUGAUAGAAAAACAUUGUGCUAUACAAUCGUAGAAUCAAAAGGCAUCGAUUCCCUUUUACGAACGCGUUAACGAACCGGGCGGCUCUCUGGUACGGAUUUUGCUUCUUGCCCUCCGUGGAAAAGGGGCCCAGGAUUUUUUGUUACAAAGAAGAAGCUACACAGAACCACCGCAACAGGGAAACGGGGGGAGAAACCCCCCUUGCGCUUUCCCCCUGAUCUGACUUUGCGUGCGUCGAUUGGCCAUUCAUGUGUGCCGCUGAUUUUGUAGGGAAUAUCUAGGUGCCUAGCAUGUAAGGGAUAGGGUUAUUAACAUACAAUUAAAAAAUCAAACAACACCAUUUACCAGGGCGAUGGAUUAUCCAUCAGCCAUGAAUCUUUCGAACCAACGUUUUCCGGCAACAUGGAGUAUGGGGGAGUGUAGUGGAAAGAGAAAGUAUGCAGGAGCUUUAUGAAAUUCUCUGCAGUAGAGCUUUAGGAGACGAAAGGAAAAACGAAAAACAAGGUAAGAAAAAUUAGUUGAUCGAAUUAUAAAAAAAAGAAUUAGACAGCCCCGCUAUAAAGAAGAAUCCGUGAUGUCUUUCUAAAAUGCAUGAGCAUGUUAUUGAACUGCAAUGUAUCAGCGAG